UCUUUGUGAUUUGUGAAACCACCACUGACCACUCUCUUAUCUCCUCAUCCCUUCCAUCUUCUUUCUCAUUCCAAGAACAAUAAGCAAUCUUUAGCAGAUGGCACUACGUGCACCAACCACCACCCUUCACACCACCAAGUCUACCCUGCUCGCCCCCACCGCCGGCAGCAAUGCUGGCCUCCGGCCGCCGCCACACCGUGUAGCUCUCAAGUCUUCCUUCUUCUCUCCUUCUGUGCAUCUCUUGCUCCCUCCAAACCACACUUCUGCUGCCCCAAAGUUCUCCAUGCGUGUUGCUUCCAAGCAAGCUUACAUCUGCCGUGAUUGCGGGUACAUUUACAAUGACAGAACUCCUUUUGAGAAAGUAUCUGACAACUACUUCUGCCCUGUAUGUGGUGCUCCAAAGAGAAGAUUUAGAGCAUAUGAACCCAAAGUGGCUAAAAAUGCCAAUGAUACAGCAGUAAGGAAGGCCAGGAAAGAACAGAUAAAGAAAGAUGAAGCUAUUGGCCGAGCAUUGCCCAUUGCCAUUGGUGUUGGAGCUGCUGCACUUGCUGGUUUAUACUUCUACCUGAACAGUACCUUCUAGGCUGGAUCACAGGAAAAAAAAAAUGUAAUUUCCACAAAGAUUUGCUUAUUAGUGUAUCAAGAUUUCACAUUCAAUGUGCUUUUGAGUUCAUUCUUUAUUUGGGUUUUACCUUUACUUUACA